CCGAAGAAGAAGAAGAAGAAGAAGAAGAAGAAGAAGAGCGAUCUGCUGAAGAGUGUGAUAAACAACACUGAUCUAUGUGUGAAGGAAGAGUGUGAUGAACAACACUAAACACUGAUCUGUGUGUGUGUGUGUGUGUGUGAGAGAGAGCAGAAAGAGUGAGACUGAGAGCUGAAGCAGACGGACACAUCGGCAGUGCAUGAACUGAACACAUCUCGACCUGAUGGAAGAUACCAAGGUGAUUGAAGAACUGAUGGAAGCAGGGAAGAAACAUCAUGACACUUGCCCUCAGUGUGGAAAGAGUUUCUCAUGUGAACAAACUCUUAAUCUUCACAUGAAAUUUCAUAGUGGAAUGGAGCUGUACGAGUGUGAUCAGUGCGAGAAGAGUUUCACACUAAAAGGAAACUUGAAUAAACACAUGAAAAUCCACACUGAAGAGAAGCCAUACGCAUGUGAUCAGUGCGGGAAGAAAUUCAGAAAUAAAGGAAACCUGAAUGAACACACGAAAAUCCACACUGGAGCGAUGCCGUACUCAUGUGAUCAAUGCGGGAGGAAAUUCAGACAUAAAGGAAACCUAAAUACACACAUGAGAAUCCACACUGGAAAGAAACCAUUCACAUGUGAUCAGUGCGGGAAGAAUUACAGACAUAAAGGAAAUUAUAACGAUCACAUGAAAAUCCACUCUGGAGAGAAACUACACACAUGUGAUCAGUGCGGGAAGAGAUUUAUACAAAAAGAACACCUUAAAAAACACAUGAGGAUCCACACUGGAGAAAAGCCACACACAUGUGAUCAGUGUGGUAAGAAUUUUACACAUAAAGGAAACUAUAAGGAACACAUGAAAAUCCACUCUGGAGAGAAACCCUUCGCAUGUGAUCAGUGCGGGAAGAAUUUCAGACAUAAAGCAAACUAUAAUGAUCACAUGAGAAUCCACACUGGAGAGAAGCAGUACACAUGUGAUCAGUGUGAGAAGAGUUUCAUACAAAAAGGUCAGCUUAAUGAACACAUGAAAAUCCACACUGGAGAGAAGCCCUUCACAUGUGAACAGUGCGGGAAGAGUUUCAGAAAGUCAAGUGUUUUUAAAGUGCAUCAGCUAACCCAUUCUAGAGACAGAAUUUAUAAGUGUGACCACUGCAGUAAAAGGUUUUUUAGGGCAGAUUUCCUGAAGGACCACCUGACAGUGCAUACACAGGAGAGGCCUUAUGUAUGUUCUUUGUGUGCAAAGAGCUUUAGACAGAUGGGUACUUUAAAAACACAUCUGAAAAGACACAGCGGUGUGAAGGAUCAUAUUUGCUCUGAGUGUGGAAAGACUUUUUUUACAGUUCAUGCACUGAAAAAGCACCAGAGCGUUCACACCGGAGAAAAACAUAGCCAGUGUUCACACUCUGACAAGAAAUUCACAUGGCCAGAAUAUCUGAAAAUACAUGAGACAAUCCACACUGAAGAGAAACCACACACAUGUUUUCAGUGCGGGAAGAAGUUCAGACUUAAAGGAUUUCUCUACGAACACAUGAAAAUCCACACUGGAGCGAUGCCGUACAGACAUAAAGGAAGCCUUAAUACACACAUGAGAAUCCACACUGGAGAAAAACCCUUCACAUGUGAUCAGUGUGGGAAGAGUUUCAGACAUAAAGGAAAUUAUAAUGAUCACAUAAAAAUCCACACUGGUGAGAAGCCACACAGUUGUGAUCAGUGUGGGAAGAGUUUUAUACAAAAAGAACACCUUAAAAACCACAUCAGGAUCCACACUGGAGAGAAGCCCUUCACAUGUAAGCACUGCGGAAAGGGUUUCAUGAAAAAAGAACGCCUUAUAAAACACAUGAAAAUACAUUGAAGAGAAGCCUAAAAACAUGUGAUCAGUGCGGUAAAAAUUUCUGACUCUUUAUGAGCACAUGAAAAUCCACUCUGGAGAGAAGCCCUUCACAUGUGGACAGUGUGGAAAGUGUUUCAGAAAGUCAAGGGUUUUAAAAGAAGAUCUGCAUACUCAUUCUGGAGAAAGACUAUGUAACUGUGACCAGUGCAGUAAAACAUAUUUUAGGGCAUAUUCCCUGAAGGAUCACCUGAAAGUGCAUACGCAGGAGAGGACGUAACGCACGAUCUUAUUGUUCAAAGAGUUUUAGACAGAUGGGUAUUUCUUGAAAAACAUCUGAAAAGACAGCGCUGUGAAG